UAAUUACACCUUUCAUUAAUUUGGGAAAUGCAUAACAUUAUGAGGUCAUAAUCCAUCCUUUAAAUUAUAUAAGUACCAGAUUUCUAUCUUCUGCAAUUGCAUAAAGUCCCACUUCUCUUAGUAAAAUGUAGGUACAGAUACAGAUAGAUAGUAGCUAUGCAGUGCGCCACUAAGCUAAUGGAGUUCAAUCUUGAAAACCCAUUAACCAACUUUAACACUAUACCUUCCCUCUUCUUGCUUGAAUCCGAUCAUAUGCCCACACUCAAAGCUACAGAUAUAGAUGUUUGUUUCAGACAAGAAGCUAUUUGUUUAAUCUCACAGUUUUCUUGCAAAUUCCACCCCUUUAUAUCGUAUCUUGCUGUUAAUUAUCUCGACCGGUUCUUAUCAAGCCAACCCAUACCGCAAAAUAAGACAUGGGUUCUUCGACUUAUUGCUAUCUCUUGCGUCUCUUUGGCUGCCAAGAUGAACAGAACAGACUUCUCUCUCGCCGAGUUUCAGGGCGAUGGAGGUUUCAUGUUUGAUGCACGAACAAUAGAGAGGAUGGAAUAUUUAAUAUUGGGAGCACUAAAAUGGCGGAUGCGUUCAAUUACUCCUUUCUCUUUCAUCUCCUUUUUCAUUCCAUUUUUGAAGCUCAAAGACCCUGCAUUAAGGCAAGCCCUCAAAGCCCGAGCUGUUGAAAUCAUCUUCAAAGCUCAAACUGUAACAAAGCUUUUAGAGUUCAAGCCAUCGAUAAUUGCAGCGUCGGCACUUCUCUUUGCCUCCCAUGAACUGUUCCCAUUGCAAUUCCCCUGCUAUCACAAAGCAAUUUCCAGCUGUUUAUAUGUACAUAAGGAAAACCUGUUAAAAUGCUACAAAUGGAUGCAAAAGAUAGGGAAGGAGAGAGAAGAAGGGUCAAUGAUGGACAUGGCUUCCAGCUGGAACACGGCAGUCAAUGUGCUUGACCAGCAAUUUUCAUGUUCAGAAAGUGGAAAUGGAAGCGCCAUUACUACUGCAGCUCUGAGUGUGAGAAGGGAGAGAGAGAUGAAGAGAAGGAAAAUGAAUGGUUACCCCAACAAUGAAACGGCCCACCUGUCUCAGGUCCAGCACUGUUGAUGAUGGUGAUACACCAUAUGAGUAAGCAUUUAAUCAAUGGAUGGCCCAUUUGUGAGAGUGACCCCUAAGCUAUGAAACAAGCAUCUUUCCUUUACAGUUUUUGUUUGUUCAAGGUAUCAUCAACACAAAGACAAAUUCACUUCAUGGCUAUUUCAAGUGUAGGGUUGGAUUUUUCUUU